AUGAGCCGAGCAUCCAGCAGUAGGCUCUCGGAGGCCCCUCAGAGGGUGACCCACAGCAACCGAAUGAGCAUGGUUGAUGCAACACCUCAGGGGUAAGUUGGCGGCCUUGGCGCUGCUUCAAAUAGGUACAAUUGCUAUGUCUUUGCAAUGAUAAGACUUAUGUGGAUAUUUGUUUAACUACAGCAAACAACCAGCCUUCGGAAAGUUGAACAUUCCUAAACCCCAAUCUGGAACAUCUGAGAGAACCAGCUUUUUUGGAAGUCGGUAAGUCCCACAUACUACCUUAGAAUGGUAUGUCAGAUGACUGUUAUAGAUACGUACUCAUCACCAUGGAAGACCUCUCUUGCACUGCCCAACUAGACGACUACAUAUUGGAGUAAUACAAAACUAUUUGAUGGAGAGCCUGUCAAUUUGCAUAUAGUCAGUCACUAAGAGCUCUUGGUAGCAUUUCCAUAUGGUUGCAUACUAAUGAUCUGAUUAACUCUCUUCAGGACCAGUGGUGCUGGCAUGGCUCGCGACAGUGCCUUUGGAGGUGCAGAUAAAGUGAAGGAUCCCCGGCCCUUACACGAUAAGGCCUUCGUUCAGCAAUGUAUCAGACAGCUGUGUGAGGUACAGUGAGGGAAAAAAGUAUUUGAUCCCCUGCUGAUUUUGUACGUUUGCCCACUGACGAAGACAUGAUCAGUCUAUAAUUUUAAUGGUAGGUUUAUUAUUUAUGCAUAGUCACUUUAACUCUACCCACAUGUACAUAUUACUUCAACUACCUCAACUAGCCGGUGCCCCCGCACAUUGACUCUGCACCGGUACCCCCCUGUAUAUAUAGCCUCCCUACUGUUAUUUUAUUUUACUUCUGCUCUUUUUUUCUCAACAAUUUUUUGCUUUAUUUUACUUUUUUAUUAAAAAUAAAUGCACUGUUGGUUAAGGGCUGUAAGUAAGCAUUUCACUGUAAUGUCUACACCUAUUGUAUUCGGCGCAUGUGGCCAAUAAAAUUUGAUUUGAACAGUGAGAGACAGAAUAACAACAACAAAAAAUCCAGAAAAACACAUGUAAAAAAUGUUAUAAAUUGAUUUGCAUUUUAAUGAGGGAAAUACGUAUUUGACCCCUCUGCAAAACAUGACUUAGUACUUGGUGACAAAACCCUUGUUGGCAAUCACAGAGGUCAGACGUUUUUUGUAGUUGGCCACCAGGUUUGCACACAUCUCAGGAGGGAUUUUGUUCCACUCCUCUUUGCGGAUCUUCUCCAAGUCAUUAAGGUUUCGAGCCUGACGUUUGGCAACUCGAACCUUCAGCUGCCUCCACAGAUUUUCUAUGGGAUUAAGGUCUGGAGACUGGCUAGGCCACUCCAGGACCUUAAUGUGCCUCUUCUUGAGCCACUCCUUUGUUGCCUUGGCCGUGUGUUUUGGGUCAUUUUCAAGCAGGAAUACCCAUCCACGACCCAUUUUCAAUGCCCUGGCUGAGGGAAGGAGGUUCUCACCCAAGAUUUGAUGGUACAUGGCCCCGUCCAUUGUCCCUUUGAUGCAGUGAAGUUGUCCUGUCCCCUUAGCAGAAAAACACCCCCAAAGCAUAAUGUUUCCACCGCCAUGUUUGACGGUGGGGAUGGUGUUCUUGGGGUCAUAGGCAGCAUUCCUCCUCCUCCAAACACGGCGAGUUGAGUCGAUGCCAAAGAGCUCGAUUUUGGUCUCAUCUGAACACAACACUUUCACCCAGUUCUCCUCUGAAUCAUUCAGAUGUUCAUUGGCAAACUUCAGAUGGCCCUGUAUAUGUGCUUUCUUGAGCAGGGGGACCUUGCGGGCACUGCAGGAUUUCAGUCCUUCUCGGCGUACUAUGUUACCAAUUGUUUUCUUGGUGACUGGUCCCAGCUGCCUUGAGAUCAUUGACAAGAUCCUCCCAUGUAGUUCUGGGCUGAUUCCUCACCGUUCUCAUGAUCAUUGCAACUCCACGAGGUGAGAUCUUGUAUGGAGCCCCAGGCCGAGGGAGAUUGACAGUUCUUUUCUGUUUCUUCCAUUUGCGAAUAAUCGCACCAACUGUUGUCACCUUCUCACCAAGCUGCUAGGCGAUGGUCUUGUAGCCCAUUCCAGCCUUGUGUAGGUCUACAAUCUUGUCCCUGACAUCCUUGGAGAGCUCUUUGGUCUUGACCAUGGUGGAGAGUUUGGAAUCUGAUUGAUUGCUUCUGUGGACAGGUGUAUUUUAUACAGGUAACAAACUGAGAUUAGGAGCACUCCUCUCAGCUCGUUACCUGUAUAAAAGACACCUUGGAGCCAGAAAUCUUUCUGAUUGAGAGGGGGUCAAAUACUUAUUUCCCUCAUUUAAAAUGCAAAUCAAUUUAUAAACAUUUUUGACAUGGGUUUUUCUGGAUUUUUUUGUUGUUAUUCUGUCUCUCACUGUUCAAAUAAACCUACAAUUAAAAUUAUAGACUGAUCAUUUCAUUGUCAGUGGGCAAAUGUACAAAUCAGCAGGGGAUCAAAUACUUUUUUCCCUCACUGUAUAUCUAACUCAUAAUACAGGUUUUUAAACAGAAUUCCUCAUAGCACAAAUGAUUUCCCCCUUGUUCUCCCUAGUUUCUGAUAGAGAAGGGGUUUCCUGGUAUAGUGUCAGUAAAGUCUCUCCAGGGUCCCUCCACCAAGGAGUUCCUGCGGAUCUUUGAGUUCCUCUACUGCCUCAUUGAUCCCACCUUCCAGAUGCCAACCUCCAAAGUGGAGGAAGAGGUCCCCAGGAUUCUCAAAGACUUGGGGUAAAUCAAUAAUUUUGAAAUAAUGUGAUGCAAACAUCAACUGACAAUUUCUACAUGUUUGCAUGCUAGCAGGUUCAUGUCUACUGACAACUAUCUCUCUGCUGGCAGGUAUCCAUUUCCACUCUCUAAAAGUUCCAUGUUCUCUGUGGGAGCUCCACAUACCUGGCCACAGGUGUUGGGGGCUCUGAUCUGGCUCAUUGAUACUUUGAAGGUGGGUAUUAGACAGCCCAGUAGGAGAUGACCUCUUAAGGUUCUACAUGUGACAAUUCCACCUGCAAUUAGUGUCAAAUGUCAAUAACCUACCAGUAGUAAUGACUGAGGUAAACCAAUUAGAUACAUACAUACAUGCCCUUCUUUUUUUCUGGCCAGUUUAAACAACUUUCCAUAUUUGACUUGAGACUGACUUGACAUUAUCUGGCCAGGUUUUGUAGUGUUUUGGCACUCAUUUCGUGGCAGAGUCUAUGUGGAUUACUCUACACACAGCGAGAGACGGUUGCAACAGAUUGGCUAGUGAAACGCACACUCGGCACUGAAUGGACUAGCAAACUGUCAAUCAACACAGGUUGGAUGAGCUAGCGAACAGAUUGCUGAUUUGCUGUACAGCUAUAGGCUCGGGUGCAGCUCAAAUGUCAAAUUGUAGUGAGAGAGGAUUGACAUAAAUAAAUAUGCAGUACUAAAAAAUGUUGGUGAUCAAUAAUAUAAAGUUUACUUUGCAAGCUCCCCAGCAAUGGGGCAACAAUUACUAGCAUAGGACUACUGGUCUUUUGGUGUGUAACAAUUACUUGAAAUUUAUGAUUUACUUAUGAAGCUUGCAUUUGGAAUUUGUUAAAAUGAAUGAUUAGCCUACUGUGGGAAGAAUCUCAGAAUUCCUGCAAGUGGAGUGCUUUUUCUCUUGUUGAAAUGUUUAAAUGCACAGGCCCUAUGUGGUAAAUCUACAUUCAAUUUAAUACUAAAAUAAUUGAUAGCGUAUCAUUCCAUACUGUUUAUUGCAACACAUGGACAUUUCGGUUUCAUGUUUGAUAGGCUUAUGAUACAUUUUCAUUUAGCCAACCAUUUCUUACCCUGCUCUGAGUGGACGCAAUGUUUUUAUAGUGCACAUGAACGUUUGCAAGACUCAUGAGGUAGAAGUGCUGUUUAUUUAAUUAAAUGUAUGGUUUCCUUUGUUCACAUUUUCCGGGGUAUGUCGGAGUUCCGUGUGCCUAUGUUGCUGUCAUUUUCGUUGUGGGUAAUAGGAGCUCGCGCCUCGGUGCGCAUAGAACGCUUUGGCGUCAGAAUGUUGAAUAAGAUAAUGAUUGUUCCAUGUAUGUGUGGUGGUGAAAUGGCAUUAAAAAUAAUUACAUCUGAUUUUAAGAGUAAUGUAUCAAUGGAUGUAAAAAAUUCCUUUUCCAUUGUAGAACCAGUUUAUUGGUUGGAAUUGUAUGGUCCUGGGGGCCAAGCGCUUAUUAUGUAUGCCUAUCUGUUUGAGCUCCUGUUAGACAGAUUCGGGCUGUACAGUCUUGCCCUUUACCUUUGUUCAAUCAGAUAGGACAGGUUAAGCCUGAGAGGCAAUUUAUUUUGGGCUCUUGCCCGUGUAUAUUUGGUAAAUCUACUUGUAUAUUUUGUAUUAUAUGGCGCUUUCACCAUUGGCUCACCAAGACCUGUAAAUAAAUCUACACUCUGAGCACGUCAACCUGCCUUGUUUUCUGCUGACUUCAUGCCCUUAUGACUGCUACAAGGUCCCUAUUUUACAAUUGGAGUAGACAAAAUAAUGAAAAGGGACGUCUGGUAGCCUCAAUAAAUAGACAAAGAUUUGUUGUUGGACAAGUCGUUGCAUGUAUAAGUUUUUAUUUUACUUGACUUGAUUUGGAAACUUGUGACUUGACUUGCUCUUAGAAUGCACGAGUUGGACUUGACUUGAGUAUUGACCCGUUCUACUUGGGACUCAACUUGAGAAUUGCUUGUGACUUGACUAAUCGUGACUUGCUCCCACCUCCGCUAAGCAGUGGCUAAAAUGUGACCUGUUGCUCCUUCAAGAACAUCGAUAAUGAUCACCAAGAUGUCAUGCACACUGUAUUUUGCAGAUAUUUUGCAGCAUGGCUGAACAACAGGACAUGCUCUUCUCCAAUUCUGAUGGCAGCACGGAGAUCGAGGAGGGUAUUGAGUUCGGCAAGGUAGUGUUAUCAAAGAUGGUUUAGCAUGAAGAUGCCUAAACUGUUUCUCCAGUAGAAAUCCCUGAUCACGCUUGUAGGCGACAUCAGCUAAGCUUGUGCGCAAAAAAACGUCAUUCGUCUAAUGGUCGUGUCGCAUCGACCUGCGCAUGUGCAUGCCGUCAAAUCACGGCACGCUUUCGAUGAAUUUUGACGAAUCAAAAUGUGUUGAUUUGUCACCUUUGCGGUUGGAGUAAUAACAUGUUCAGCUAAAGACGUUAGCUCGAAUCUAGGUUGUGCCUUUUUAGAAAUCGAGAAAAUUCACAUCUAAGGAAGAAUUUCACUUCGCUCAUUGCCUUCCCAAAUCCCGGUUUGGUCUGCUUCGGGAGCGUUCCUGGAAGAUUUGCGAUGUUGGGCCUCUGGUGUUAUCUUACUCAACACAGCCAUUUAGGAAACCGGUUAGGCCUCUAGUUAACACUACUUUUAUACCCCCUCCGUCUCAAGCUCUUUCAUGACUACAGUGCUGAAACCUACCACAAGUUCAUGCAAGGAGCAGACACAUUUGAAGAAGAGGACAAUGAAUAUCUCGCUAAUUUAAGUAAGCAGUGGUGACUGACAUCGCUGUACAAAGUGAAUAUUAGUAACAUGCCAUAUGUAAUAACCGCAAAGUAAAACUCUAACCUAUUUCCAUAGAGAAACUGUACAGUGUGGACAAAGAUCUUCUGGUGUCAAUGGAGGAGAAGUACAGGAUGCUGAGUGACAAGGUUGCGCGGAUGGAGAAAGAAAGUCAAAUGGUUAGUCACUCACUUUGAAUCCAUAAGGACGUUGGUCAUUGACGUACUGCGACAGCAUCAUAGCUCUAGGUCCAGUUUAAGCUGUUGAGUACAGUAACUGUACUGAUUCCUUUUGGAUGGAACAUGGAGGCUUGGAUGUUUUAUUUUUUUAAUAACUAUUUCUUGUUGAGCAGGAUAGAUUGGAAUCCAAACGAGUGGAGAAAGUGAAACUGUCCACAGACCUGCAGAAGCUUAAGAGCUAUCGCAAUGAGGUGAUGUCGUUCAAAGCCACCUUGGAGAACAAAGCCUCAGGACUGUCUGAGGAGCUGAAAGCAUCAGGUAAAAAUCUGUAGUGGAGAAAGUAUUGUCUGGAGUAAAAGUAAAGAUUCCUUAAUAGAAAAUGACUCAAGUGAAAGUCACCCAGUAAAAUAUGAUUUUAAUAAAAGUGUUUUAUUUUAAAUAUACUUAAGUAUCAAAAGUAAGUCAUUUCAAAUUCCUUAUUAGGCUAAUCAGAUGGCACAAUUUUCUCUUUAAUUUAUGGAUAGCCAGGGGCACACCCCAACAGACAUUUACAAACGAAGUAUUUGUUUAGUGAGUCUGCCAGAUCAGACAGUAAGGAUGACCAGGGAUGUUCUCUUGAUAAGUGUGUGAAUUGGACAAUUUUCCUGUUAAAAUGUAACGAGUACUUUUGGGUGUGGGGGGGAAUACAUUAUUUUCUUAAGGAAUUUAGUGAAGUAAAAGUUAAGUACAGACACUCCAAAAUAACUACUUAAGUACAAAUACUUUAAAGUAAAACUUAAGUAUUUUACACCGCUGAGAAAUCCCCUGGCGGAAUGGUGUUCCUUGUAACAUGUUAAAUCUUUGCUCAGUAGCAGCAGUGCUGAUAUAGGAUCAGUUUUGCCUUAGACCGUUUUUUUAAUACAAGCCCUGGUCCUGUAACUGGCCGUUGGAAGACUACUAGCAAUUGCUACUCUUGAAAUGCUGAACAGUUGUCGUCUAAUGUCUCCAUUUAUUUUGUCCCUUGCAGGUCUGCAGGUGGAGACCCUGAAACAGGAGCAGUCGAGGCUCCAGCACAUCCUGUCCAACCAGAAGUUCACCUCUGCAGACAUCGAGCGGGACAUCUGGGAGAAAAGGGAGCUGCAGAAGACCAUCAACAGCCUAAACAAGAGCCUGGAGCUGGCUCAGCAGCACAUGUGGAAAGAGGAGAUUGCUCUGACCAAGGUCAAAGAGACAGUAAGUGAAGAGGAUGCUGGAGGGGCUACUUAACUGGGGUACAUUCAUUAGGACAUGCUACUGACAGUUUUGCAACAGGAAAUUCACUACAACUUUCUCUCCCUGUUUCAGUCCAUUUUCUGCCAUUUGGUGCCUAAUGAAUAUGACCCUGGUGUUGCCCAAUGCUAAUCCAAAAUAUGUAAUAAGUAUGAUUAAUAUUCUCCCGCCUUGUUUAGGCUGAAGAGAAGCUAGCCGAGUACCACAAGCUGGCUCGCAAACUGAAGCUCAUACCUGUGUCUGCUGAAAAUGCUUGUGGCCAUGACUUUGAGAUCAGGACCACGACAGAAUACAAGCCAUCGACUAUGAUCCAAUACAGAACACAGAUUUAAGUGUGUUGAUUAUUUCGCUCACUUUAUUACAUCCCUUUUGGGCACUGUGUUGGAAUUUUUUUUAAAGCUGUUAAUUAUUCAUUUUACAGAAUCCACUGAAGAAAAUGAUCACUGAUGUGGAAGAAGAGUGUAGUCGGCUGAAAAACAAGACAUUUGUUCUGGAAGAGUCUAUGGAACAGGUAUGAGACCAGUCUGUACGUAAAAAAAAUAAAAAAAUAAAUAAAAAGAUGGAACAUGCAUGUUUUGCUUUGAGGUUCUAAUAUGGACUCGUUCUCUUUCAGGUUAAUUCAAAUAUUUCAGAAAAGGCAAACGACUUGAAACAACUGAGAGCGCAAAUUCGUAGGGUAGACAAGCAGCUUGAACACCACAUGCAGGUAUGUUAUCACAACAUUAUCCAAGUGUAAAAUAUAAAAAUGGAAGUCUUUAUCCAUGGGUGUGUAGAAUAGGGACCUUGUGCCGGCCCUUUCUGCUGAAGAUAUUGCUCCCCUGUAGCCACUGGAUCCCACCACUGCCACCAAAUGUAGAAUAAUAACUUGUGUGGCCGAGGGCUGUCCUUUUCUCACAAUGGGAACAGACGUGCUGUCAUGUUUAAUGGUGUAGCAAAUGUUUUGCAGAAAGGGGAGUAGGUUUUUCUCCUUCGCUUAUCCAUGGUGUGUAGGAGAUCGACAGUGAGGAGCAGAAGUGGGCUGCUGAGAUGGAGAAUGUGGAGAAGCACAGGACGCUACUGGAGAAGAAGGUGACCUUAGGAUAUGAUGACGCCAUGGAAGAGUUGAAAGCCGCCAAGCAACAGUGAGUGCUCCUUUCACCAUUAUCACAUGAAGUCUGCAAUGUUUUUAACUGUUUUUUCAUUGCGCAUAGAUUCAUUUUACGGGAUGUUUUUCCAGUAAUUUUUACAUGUUUUUCUUAACAGGUACCAGAUUGUGUUGCAAGAAACCAAAGAGGCACGGCGGACUGUGGUGAACAACCUAGCCGGCGUGUUCACCACGGCUAUCGACCACCUGUCCAUUGUAGACGUCAGUCCUAAAUGGGGAACCGUUUGUAACAUGCUAUAUUUUGUCAAAUAUGAAUUCUGUGCCACAAAUGCAAACGUUCUCAUCCCUAACAUUAAUUCAAGGCCUCAUUCCUUCAUACGGUGACUUGUUUAACCACUGAUCCUGAAUAUGAAUUUUGACCCUUUUCCAGAAAUGA